UUUGUUUCAGGAAGUGCUUGUAGUCGAGGAAGUGGUACUUCAUUUGUUUUGGUUUAUGACUGGCUGCCACUAUGUCUGUACAUUGCAGGGAAAAACUGCUUCUUUUAUACCGACGGUACCAAAGCUAUGUUACAAAAAACCCAGCAGCCACGGCUCAGCUCGAAAGCACUGUCAGGACACUGUCUUACCUCAUCGCCGGGCGGUUUGCUGAUUCCCAUGAACUCUCAGAACUAGUGUAUUCGGCCUCCAACUUGCUAGUGCUGUUGAACGAUGGAAUAUUGCGGAAAGGACUGUGUAGAAGCCAGCCUAUGUCUCUAUCCCAGGAGAAGCUCCUGACGUGGCUCACUGUGCUGGAAUAUGUGGAGGUCUUCACUGAGAUGGGGGCUGCGAAGCUCUAUGGAGAACGGUGUCGCUGGGUGGUCAUCAUCCUCAUUCAGCUUGCAAAGGCAGUCCUGCGGAUCCUUCUGCUGUUUUGGUACAAAGCUGGAAUCCAGACAUCUCCUCCCAUCAGUCCUCUUGACAGAGAGAUGCAUCUCGGCUGCAAAGAAGAUGAAGAUGAAGAUGAAGCCCUGUCUGAGGGGCCAGCUUUCGUUGGGCAGCGCUCUGGAAGGGUCAUGAGGUCGCUCAGUAGCACCCCAUCUUUCCAAUCCAGGCACUGGGGUGCACCUCAGCAUGAUAACCCACCCAGGAGGCCAGAGGAAGAACUUCUCCAGCACCCUACCCCACUCGGACUACAAGAGACCAUUGCAGAGUCCUUGUUUAUUGCACGCCCUCUUGUCCACUUGCUUGGUCUUGGUGUUUGUGGAAGUAGAUCCUGGAAGCCGUGGAUCAUUUCUGGGAUCCUGGACAUUACCAAUUUGAGUUUAAUGAACGACCCAAAGAGACUGAACCGACGAGAGCGGGCAGAGAUGAGACGCAGAGCAUUCCUCCUCCUCUACUACCUGCUGAGAUCUCCCUUCUACGACAGAUACUCUCAGACAAGAAUCAUGUUUUUGCUGCGUUUAUUGGCUGACUAUGUGCCAGGAGUUGGGCUAGUAGCACGUCCUCUGCUGGAUUACUUACCUGUGUGGCAGAAAGUUUACUUUUACAACUGGGGGUGAAUGGAGAACUGCAGGAAUUGUGAUCCAUUACAAACCAGCUGUGGAAGCAGAAGGAAGAAUGGGAGACUCAUUGAAACCAGCAGUGCCAGUUUCAAAAAGAUUGUUACAAGAUCUGACAUGAAGUGCCAGGUUUUUAAAUGAAUAUAAUUUAGGCUCAGACAACUCUUUUGUUAAUUUUUCUAAUUUAAGAAAAAAAUUGGUGGUUGACCCUUUUAAUUAUUUUGGGUACUCCAUCCUCAUUAUGACAGGAUAUCAUUCAGAAAUACAUGUUAAUAAUCUGUCUCCUUUUUUCCAGUGCAGUGUGUUUCAAAAGUUGCACAUGUGUUAUUUUUUGAGGUUGUUGGAUAUUUGUUUUCCCAAUGUUUGGAUAGGCCUAUUGUUUUAAUGUCAUGCCCCUCCAAGGGGAUGAGACUGCCUUUCCCGUGGUGACCAUGUUCUGCUCAUUCUCUUUCUCGAACAAUCUGACUCCCUUUUCAAGAGAAGGCAAAUGAGAAAACUGCCCAUUAUAUCAAAUCCCAGAGGUACAGAGGGCGGAGUAUUCGUGUGACUGUUGAGAGGCUUGGAGCAAUACACUGUUACAUUUUCUGUAAAUAUUCUGAAUGACAAAUGAUUUUCUUAUUGUUUUUAUUGAGAUGGAUAAUUUACCCUUUGCUUGAAGGCUAAAAAAAAUAACAGGGAUUGUUUUAUAUGCCACUGUUGUAGGCACAAAUGAACCGUAGCGAAAUUAUUGGAGAUGACUCUUCCAAUAACUACUUUAUCUGACAGCAGGAAGACAUUUAGAAAUGAUGAGACAUAUCUAGUGUGUGGCUAUAGGGGCCACCAGAUUAAUAAGAACCAGCUGGGAAAUUGUUGAAAUGUGAUGGUUUUUCACUAUGUGAAAACUGUAUAAUUAUCUUUUGUUAAUAAAUCCUAAAUCCAAAAAAAUGAAUGUAUUCUUUAAAUGUACAUGCAUGCUGAGAGUCUUGGGAGUAUUAAAAAAUCACAUGUAAUUCUCUGUAUGUAAAUUUAUUUGAUAUAUCCUGUAAUUUACUGCAACUUUCUUUGACAAGGAAGCUAAUGUGCUUUCAAGAAAAAAAAGUUUGCCUUUUAAUUGUUGUUGUCAGGUUUAUUUUUGUAUGAGAUUGGGGGUUGAGAAACAGUUGAAUGUGUUUAGAGUGGGUAAUGUUCAGUUCUACAGUGCCACUUACAGUAGAUUUUAAUAUCCAAGGUUUUAUUCAUUCAAAUCCAUUCUAUUGUCAUUGGCCUUUAAAACUUGAUUGCUUGAUUGAUUAUUUUAGUUUUUAUUGCAGUUACUCAAAUAUUGUGUUAUUUUGACCUUUUGAUAUUUCUGCGUUGAGGUGCUUUGAUCAGCAAUAAGCAAAUGUAGUAGUAUAUAUUUCGUUUUGCUUCAUAUUGUGCCUUUUUGAAUUUCCCUGGCCUUUUUUUUUGUUUGUUUUACCUACUGGACCUGCAGUUCAGAACAAAGAUGAGACUAAAAAGAAAACUGCAAAAUUUAAAAAAAGUUGCCAAACUGCACGAACAGGCUGGUGCAGGUGUCUGCGUAGCCUUGAGCUUGGCAUAUAACAAUCCAUUUGUCAUUAUUACCCAACUACAGUUUAUUCAAUACGUUUAGAUAUUGGACCUAAUACUUCCAGGAGGCAGCUAGUGAACAAUACCCACUACAUCAUGAUGAUAUUAACAGGCUGGGAGAGGUGAACAAAAAUAUGCUGGAAAACAAGGGGAUUGUUAAAUGCCUUCUGUGCCAUGUGUAAAAUGGCUGACUAGCCCCAGGGUGGGAAAGAUAUAUGUAAGACCUCAUUUGAAGUACCUGCCAACUGCAAGAAUGAGAGCCACUUACAAUCUUAUUUUCUCAGCAGCUGCACAAGUAAUAGGGUUUGGGAUUUAAAUUAGGCUCUGUCCAGCUGAGCCAAUAUGUGAAGACCUACCAAAAAUGAUCUCAUUAGUCACUAAAAUAGCUCUCUUCAAGAAGUCUGUGUGUGUGUGUGUGUCUGUGUAUUGGUCCAAAACUGCAGAUCUGCAAUUACAUAACUAAAUUAGUAAAAAAUGUCACUUACAAUAAAACGUUUUCUGCUUCA